CUCAAAUUGUACAAAUUGUAAAAAAAAACACAGAGGUCUCUAAUAAGUACGGAGCAGAAGCGCCAUGGCUUCGUGCUGUUCAUUGAGCUUCUCAACAGUCUCUUCAAAGCCUAACAAGCCUUACUCAUCUCCAAUUUCUUCUUCUCUUCAGCUCCCCUUUACUUCCCAGCUGCCAUUUUCUAAAAAAAAUUCACUUUAUUCCAAUCAUACCCUUCUCCAAACUCAAUGCCGGAAAACCCCAUCACCGGAUUGUCCCAGUUUCUUGGUUGUGGGGUCUGCGAAAAAGCAAGAACCUUUGAGGGUAAUGAUAUCAGGAGCUCCUGCUUCUGGUAAAGGAACGCAAUGCGAGCUCAUUACCAAGAAGUACGAUUUGGUGCAUAUUGCUGCUGGAGAUUUAUUGAGGGCUGAAAUUGCUGCAGGCACUGAAAAUGGGAGGAGAGCAAAGGAGUAUAUGGAUAAAGGACAAUUGGUACCAAACAAGAUAGUUGUAACGAUGGUCAAAGAGCGGUUGAUGCGUCCAGACUCUCAAGAAAAGGGUUGGCUUUUAGAUGGAUAUCCUCGGAGCUUGUCUCAAGCAGUAGCUCUCAAAGAGUUCCAGCCAGACCUCUUCAUUCUUCUGGAAGUACCUGAAGAGAUACUUGUUGAGAGAGUGGUUGGCCGUAGACUAGAUCCUGUAACUGGGAGAAUAUACCAUUUGAAGUAUUCUCCGCCAGAGACCGAUGAAAUCGCUGCAAGGCUUACCCAGCGCUUUGAUGAUACAGAAGAAAAGGUGAAGCUGCGGCUGCACACUCACCAUCAAAAUGUGGAAUCAGUUCUGUCAAUGUACAAAGAUACUGUAUUCCAGGUGGACGGGAGCGUUUCCAAAGAGGAGGUAUUUGCUCAAAUUGAUGGUGCAUUAACUCAACUUCUUGAAGCAAAGGAAUGAAGAUUUGGAACCGUAAUGUCAUAGAGAGCAGGAAAAAUCUGCAGAAUGUACCAUGUAAUACUGAGGAAGAUCACAAAAGAUAAAAGAGUAACAUUGUUGGUUGCCAUCCCUCUUAUACAAAUGUAUGAAAUGUUUAUGUAUAUCAUUUUUGCUUCCAACUAUCUAUGUGGAUAUUCAUUGAA